AUGUCUCUGCACAGGGCCAUAGGUUUUUCACUUUCCUUCAUCCACAUUGUGCUGCUCUUCAUUGUCCAUGCAUCUCAUGGCUGGAUGAUGACUGAUUCUCAAGUAGACGAGUAUCAUGCUGGCCUCUGGACCAUCUGCUCAGAAAAAUUUGGAUGCAAGCCCCUGAGACCUCAUGAUGGUAUGGUAGAUGAGGCUAAACAAAAAUCAGUAUUGUGGUUUUGUUUGACAUAUGAAUGUAGAAUAUACCAUAUUUUUUGCUCUAUAAGACUCACUUUUUCCCUCCUAGAAAGUAAGGUGAAAUGUGUGCGCGUCUUAUGGAGCAAGUGCAGGCUGCACAACUAUCCCAGAAGCCAGAACAGCAAGAGCGAUUGCUGCUUUCACUGCGCAGCGAUCCCUCUUGCUGUUCUGGCUUCUGAGAUUCAGAAUAUUUUUUUUCUUGUUUUCCUCCUCCAAAAACUAGGUGCGUCUUGUGGUCUGGUGCGUCUUAUAGAGCGAAAAAUACGGUGAUUUAUUGUGAUUUGAAGCACCCUUUAGAAAGAAGAAAGAAAAGAAAGAACUCUGUUGCAAAGUAGCCAAAUUAUCCACAGCAGGGAUGAAAAACUGAUAGCAUUCCAGGUUUUGUUGGACUAUAGCUCCCAUCAUCCUUGACCACUGGCCAUGCUGGUUGGGGCUGGUGGUAGCUGAAGGCCCCAACAACUUCUGAAGAGCUAUCAGUUCUUCACCUAUAAUCUGCAGGGCCAGAGCAAAAUAUUUUGCCUCUUCAACUGGCUGCUGUGUACGAAAGUUACUAGCCCAAGAGUUCGCUGGGAAAAGGGGUUGGCUGUUAAAGGGGGAGUGCAGUGACAUUUGUUGCUGUGUCAAACCAUGUCCACUGGUGCAAGAGAAAUUUAGCAUGACCUGCAGGUAUAUUGGUCAAAAAGUUAUGGCUCCAUAAUGCCACAGUACUGCAAUGUGAAAAGAAUGUUAGAAAAUGGUGGUGCUAGGGUUAUAAUUGGGAAAACUAAUACAAUAUUCCCCACAUCUGAAUGCACCCAAACACUGUGGUUGAAGGAGCUGGGCUGUCUAGAUUGGAUUCCUUGAGCAUUAACCUGUGCCCUGCUUUUUGCUUUUUGGGGGUGUCUGAACACUAUAGCAGACAUAGUCCCCACUCUGACAUCAUGUAGGAUUGACAGAGAGCCAAGCCACUGUAUUGGGAGAGGUAAAACAUAACUAGCUGUGUUUUCCAGCUUGCAUCCUCUAACUUCUCUGCCUAGUGCCAUCUGCUGGUUCGUGCCUGUGCAACUAAUGUCUCCAUCUUAUACCGUUGCCUUGGUUUUGGCUUCAUGCUUGUUUGUUGCUGCAUCACUUACCACGAUGCCCAGGACUCCGUCUCACCCAAAGCAGCAAAAAGCUUGCCCAAAGGUCCUAGCCGCUUAUCGGAAAACGACACAGGCGUGACACAACGCCGUAUUCACCGUACAUUUGAAGCACUGUGGUGCCGCUUUCAAAAGCCAUGGCUUCCCCCAAAUAAUUCUGGGAGCUGUGGUUUGUUAUUAUGGGUGCUGAGUGCUGUUAGGAGACUCCCUCUUCCCCUCCCAGACUUGCAGUUCCUGGAGUUUCCUGAGAAGAGUGACUGAUUGUUAAACCACUCUGAGAAUAUCCUGUCUUAAAUCUCAGGCGCUACAAAUGUUAGAAAUCCUCCCUCUCUCUUAAAGCUGGCAAUCUGUGGAUUAUGGUUCAUCCUUUGCCAGCCCCCUUGCCCCCCUCCCCACCUCUGUGGAGAGAUGUGCAUCUAAGUCCUACAUGUUUUUGCAUGGGAGAUGCACAGGUUCUCCCUUUAUACCACAUUAUUUCAAAUACCACACCUCGUUUUGAGUGUUGCAGGUCUAAAUUUCGUAGGAAAGGGAACUGCUUUGUAUAAUGACAAGCUCCCACAAGGUUUUCUUGGGGGAGGGGGGGCAGGAACCCUGGGAAAUAUAUUUGUUUAAUCUGUGUCGUUAUGAAUUGAUUCAGACCCAUUGCCGACCACACCUCACAACUAGAGAGCCAUAGAAUAAAAUCUUUGUUGCCCCACCUAUCCAAUUAGCCAAAGCUCCACUCUUCCCCACCUUUGGAUGAUGGAAGAGAAGAAUAACUUUCACAAAAUUCCCUCUUUUUCUUUUAGUGCACCUGGACCUCAUGCGAAGCUUCAUGGUGCUAGCAACACUUGCAUCUGUCUCAGCUAUGCUAUGGACAGUGGAAUGGGACCACAUCAUCCACUGCAACUAUUGCUUUCCUCCCAAAUCCCUGAUUACUUCCAUCUUCAACUUCCUUGCAGGUACUAUUGUGAACUGAAUAAAUUUUAGGUGGCCGUUGUUUGCAUCCUAUCGCUUUUUGCGUGGAGUUUGGUCUGGUCUGGUGCUCUGGUGCAAGCCAAUGAUUCGUGUGAGAGCACGAAACACCCCCCGUUUUUUGGUCGGUCACUCUGUCGUGAUGGCAGAAAAAAAAGGGGGAUAUUCCAGGAUCCAAUCAGAAGCUGGGAUGGCUUCUGUAAUUCCAGGAUGUCCUGCUCAAAACGAGACAGUUGAAGGGUGUGGACUACACGUUCCUGUAGGCCACCAUUUUGUCUGCAGUAUAUGAAGCUUUUUGGAGCAGCAAUUUGGCAUUUUGGAGUGCACAUCUCUAUUUCUCCACAAUUUCUGAAUCAGCAGAGGUUGUGCAAGCCCUGCACUGGUGCAUAUUGCAGCGGUGGACUGGAUGAGGGUCAAUAGACCCUGCGGGUGGGUGGUUCCUGGGUCUGCAAGAUGGGCCCAUCGCCUGUUCUGACAUGGUUUCCAUCCCUCUAAGGAAGCAGGUACAGAGCUGGAGGAUACUCUCCUGUAUACAUACCUGCCAUUAGAGGCCCAAAUGACCCCUGUGGCUGGGCGUGUCUUUUGCCAGCUUCAUCUGGCAUGCCAGCUAUGGCUAUAACUGGAGAGUGCAGUGGCUGGACUGCUGAUUGGGGCAGAUGGCCAUUGACCAGUAGCAUUUGACACUUUGGCUAAGACACCAGCGGUAUGGUAUGGGGUCAGCUUCCUGGUUCUUGUGCUGAAAGCUGGGCUCCAGGAUACCUUAAAGACGGUUUGAGACCUUACUUCCCAACUCAGUCAAGGCUGUCUCCCAUGCUAUGGAGGUCCAAGUGGAUUCAGCUAGAUGGCGGUCAUUUAGUGUCGCUAGUCUCAUGCUGUGGAACACUCUUCUAGCAGAGAUCUGGCAAGCAUCCUCAUUUUUGACUUUCAGGUGUCUCUUGAAUAUGUUUUUGUGCCAGCAAGGCCUUUACAGCAAUUUGAUUUUUGUUUAGUCCAUCCCCUUAAUGACCAUCUCUGUUAGUUUCUGUGAACACCACUGGGCAGCGUGUCAGUACAAUCUCAGUACAAACCCAGUUUCUGUACAUAGGUACAGUGUUGAUCCCUUGGAACAACCUUGGACAAUAAAUCAGCAGGAAUUUCAUUACCUGGCAUGUAGGACACCGUUACGAGUCCUUUCUGAACACAUUCUCUAGCAUGUUGCAGCUUCAAUUGCAAGUGCUUCGUGCUUUGCUUACAACCUGUGCUGGAAACUCUGCUGGAUGAAGAAUGUGCCUGAGGCCUUAUCAAAGGCUCAGGUCGUUAUUCGUCGGGAGGCAAUUCUGAACGGCUCGGGGGAAGAAAAUGAGCUUUAUCAGCUUGGCCGAGCGGAGAUCCCGACAAUCUCUAUGUAUAUAUGGUGCUUUUAUGUUUUAAAGGUGCCUUGAUAUUUAACGAGACAGGAAUACCUCUAUUAAUCAAACAAUCAAUUAAUUCCACAGGAAUCUUUGUGCUGGUUGCUGUGGUGGUGUUUCACAUCAAAGUCAACCAGUUAUCAACAACUGUGCCUCCUUCUAAGAAAUGGGCUUUCUACUUAAGCUGUGGCAUCUGCAUCCUGUGUUUCUUGGCAGGUGAGUGUGAAGGGGUGAACAUUAUUCCUGAAAGGCUAACAUUAAUAUUGUGAAAUCUCCUGUGUUGGUAUGUCACUCUCUGGCGGCCAAAGAAAGGAAAGGGAGCCAAAUCGGCUCUGUAGGCUGCUAGGGUACACAGGAAACAACCCCACUAUAAAUAAGUCAGAAAUUAGAUCGUUUAAAAAAUAUAUGGAAAAACGUGUAUAAAUUAUAUUUAUAGCACAUUCAAAUCAUUGUUCCUUUACUAAUGUAGCUGAGUCCCUAGUUGCCCACCUGCUCUCAAGAGCUCAGCCCAUUUACUUACAAGGUGGACUAUGAACUAUUAUUCUAUGAGUUCAGAGAUGGGACAAUCCAACACACACUUUUUUAAUGGAUUGGGCAGUCUGUUUACAUCGGUACUGGCAUCUCCAUGGUCUAUGCAAUGGAGGGGUACCACACAGUCUCCAAUUUGUCACCAGGCACCUCUGAGGAGGAGAAAGGCUCACUGCUAGCAUGGUGCUCGGGGUGGCUCUGUAGCAGGAGGAGCCCAAAAAAAGAGUGUCUGAUAUAACACAGGGGUGCAAUCUUUCCCUCACAACCGACUUGGCCCUUCUCUAGGAGCUACAUCCUUGCUUCCCUGCCUGCAGACCUUCUCCUCUGCCACUGAAACUGUUUCACAGGCAUUGCCUUCCAAACCCCGCUGGGACCUUUCUCUUUUUUUUUGGUAAAUAAUUUUUAUUAAAUUUCCAUUUACCAAACCAAUCAUAUCAUAUUAAUUAUUCCAAAUUAUAUCAAUACAUAUCACAAAGUCCAAAUAUUAAACCAAAUUUUAAUUUUUUUUGUGGGGGGUACCCAUGCUUCGAGUUCGGUAGGAGUCCAAUCAUCUUAUAUUUCUGCUGCUUUGAUGUUCACAGUCCCAUCUUCUCAUCUCCUUGUCGUUAUCCUUUUUCUUCUUAAUAACCUUCGAGUUGUCUCCACAAGCGAGUUGAAAGAAACAGCCUUGUUUAUAUUUCUGUGUGAACUUUGUAAUGCUCUCCCAUAAUUCAUCUCACAUAGAUCCAAGAAUCCAAAAGUCCUGUUCAAGCGGCAGUUCCCAUUUUAGUCAGUUCCGAUGAAAUACAAUCUAGGCGUCCGCUCCUUAAUUUUCCCAGACCAGUUGCACCAUAAAUCAGUCUUUCCAGAAGGGUUAUUGCCCUUUCAAAUUUACGAUCCAAACCUGAUAACAGAACAGUGGCUCACCCCCCCCCCCAAGACUGCAAAUCUUGCAACAAGGUCUGCCUCUUAAUGGCGGAUCGCUUUUGUAACUACGCCACAAGAAAGCCUCCCUUCUUUCCAGAUCUUUCCCAGAGUAAAACCUUUUUAUUAGUAUUUUUUAUUUCCACACAGUUUAUUUUUCAGUCUCACUUGCUAUCAGUCAUUGUGACGGUUCUUCUAAGGGAGGGGGGGUUUGUUAGGUAAAUCAUAUUGAAAAAGAAGAAAGUUUCCCCCUCUUUCCGUUCCAUUCAACAUACCGACAUGGCUGUGAUUCUUUGAUGCAGUCCUCUGUUCAUUCUGUCCCAUCACUCUAUCUUCUCAGUGGUAGAUUUAUUUAGCAGAUAAUACACUCCUGACCUCGCUCGAAACAUGUGCAUUUACUUCUCCAAUUUUUUUUUAUCUUAAGCAACGCAGCUAGUUUCGCUCUUGAAAGCGGCGUCCAGGAGCUCCAGAGCUCGCACAAGGGGUUUCCGCGCAGUGCCCCCACCCCCUCCUUCUUUCGAACUCGGGGGUGAUUUAUGGGCAACCGCGGGUGAGGCAGCCCUUCUCUAGGAGCCACAUCCUUGCUUCCCUGCCUGCAGACCUUCUCCUCUGCCACUGAAACAGUUUCACAGGCAUUGCCUUCCAAACCCCGCUGGGACCUUUUUUCAGGGUUGUAUGGUUCUCACAUCCAAGCUCCUCUCAACACUCCUCCUGAUAUGACCACUCUCUCCAAGACACCACCACAGAGCUCAUGACAGUACUGUGGUACCUCUGGGUACAGAUGCUUCAGGUUACAGAUGCUUCAGGUUACAGGCUCUGCUAACCCAGAAAUAGUACCUCGGGUUAAGAACUUUGCUUCAGGAUGAGAACAGAAAUCACGCAGUGGCGGCGCAGUGGUAGCAGGAGGCCCCAUUAGCUAAAGUGAUACCUCAGGUUAAGAACAGUUUCAGGUUAAGAACAGACCUCCGGAAUGAAUUAAGUUCUUAACCCGAGGUACCACUGUACUGCCAUAUUUGUGUGCGUGCUUGAGAGAUCAUAUAACACCUAUAGGAAACCGCGGGUGAGGUCAAAUGCGUAUUUAGAGAAAGAUGCCCUUCACUAGGCUGGCAAUACACACCUCUUUUUCGUCAGAGGAUGAAAGAAAGAGAGGAAUGGGGAAUGUCAGGUUCAGGGCCAAAUGUGGGCCCCAGGCAUCUCUCAUUGGCACUGGGGCUACAUCUCCUCCUCCUCAGACACAUCCCCUCUCCCAAGGCUACACCCUUCACAGCCCCUGCUUCUCCUUCCAAGGGUUUUUGCCUGGUUGGAAGGUGUCCUUGAAUUGGCCUUGAGAAUGCCUCUUGCUUGCCUCAGUGCAAGACAGAGAGGGGUAUUUGAGUGUGUGUGGAACCUGCCUCCUUUACAAAGGUAAAAUUUACAUUACAGUGGUACCUCAGGUUACAGACGCUUCAGGUUACAGAUGCUUCAGGUUACAGACUCCGCUAACCCAGAAAUAGUACCUCGGGUUAAGAACUUUGCUUCAGGAUGAGAACCAUAGCUGUCAACAUUCCCUUUUUUAUGGGAAAUUCCCUUAUUCCAGUGCCGUUUCCCGCUGCUUCCUGCUGCUAUCCCGGAUUGUUAGAUAGCCUGUAGACUGUCCCUGGGACAGGUGAGGCUGCUGAUCCCUUAUUUUCAAAUCUGAAAGUUGACAACUAUGAUGAGAACAGAAAUCAUGCAGCGACGGCAGGGCGGCAGCAGCGGGAGGCCCCAUUAGCUAAAGUGGUACCUCAGGUUAACAACAGUCCUCCAAAACAAAUUAAGUUCUUAACCUGAGGUACCACUGUACAGUAGAACCUCACUUUGCGAACAUAAUCCAUUCCGGAAGUCCAGAAGUUCGACUUCCAAAACAUUUGAAAACCAAGGAUCAAAGGGCUGUCAGCAAGUUCAAUGGGGCAAAUUGAGAAAGCCAUUCGACUUCUGAGGUGCAUUCGAAAACAGAAGCAUUCACUUCACGGUUUUCAGCAUUCGGCUUCCAAAGCAGACGAGACAUUGAAAAACCGAGGUUUGACUGUAGUUGCUCUGCCUCUUUUGCCUCUGGUCCAGCCCACCACCGGCAUGUUGCUCAGAAAGGACUGUGGCCCUCUGUCUGAAAAGGUUUGCCCGCCCCAGGCUUAAUAUGUAAUAUGCAGCUAUGCUGAGGUUCCCAUCUGUCUGAGGUCUGCCGCUCUCCAGGCACCUCAAGUUAACAUAAGAACCUGCUGGGUGAGGCCAGUGGAAAACUAGCCCUGCUGUACAUCAGGGAGAGCUGUGUGGAGAGAGUCUCUUCCUUUAAAUUCCUAGGAGUUUAUCUCAGUGAAGACCUUACUUGGAAAAUCAAUACAACCCAGGUGGUUAAGAAAGCCCAACAGAGGCUCCAUCUCCUCAGAGUAUUGCGAAAGAACAAUGUCAAUCAACAUUUGAUGAUCUCCUUCAACUGGUCCAUAAUAGAAAGUGUCCUUUCAUACUGCAUCACGGUGUGCUAUGCUGGUUUGACAUCAACUGAUAGGAAGUGCCUACAGAGGGUGGUGAAUACAGCACAAGAUAUUAUGGGCUGUCCCGUGAAUCCCCUGGAUGAAACAGCGGAAGAACGUUGCCUCAGGAGAGUGAGGAAAAUUCUCAGGGAUGAUUCACACCCUGGCCGGCACUUUCUUGAUCUCCUGCCCUCAGGCAGAAGAUAUGGAGGCAUGAUUAGUCGCCCCAACAGGGUAAAGAACAGCUUCUAUCUGUGGGCUGUUAGGCUGCUGAAUGAAAAGAUAACAACAGGGCUUGUUUCGGGUUUGGUGGGUGUGCGUCAGUAAGGGGAAUUAAGACUAAGAGAGCUGAGUGGGGGGUGCUUGUGUAAUCUCACUGUAUACAAGUUGUACAAGUGACAAUAAAGUAUUUCAUUUCAUUUCAUCUAGUUCAGCAUCCUGUUCCCACAGGGGCCAACCAGAGGCCUGCAGGGAACCCGCAAGCAGGAUUUGAGCACAAGAGCCCUUUCCCCUCCUGUGGUUUCCUGCAUGGCUAUUCAGAUGCAUGGCUGCCUGCGACAGUGGAGGCAGCGCAAUGCCAUCAUGGCUAGUUGGCUGCCAGAGUGGUGCCCCUUCAUCUCACAAUGGAGGCAGCCACUGUCUGCUGGUGCUAAACACCUGGGGAGUGCUCCUCACAAUUUUAAGCCUCUUUCCACCACUUCUCUCCCAGGUAUUUACAACUUCUUGUGCUACAAGUUCUCAGUGUGGGGGACAGGAACAUCAACCACUCACGUUGGCCCGGAUAUCGAAACACCUGUGCUGCUUCCAGAAAGACAUAAUGCAGUGCGGCCUUCUCUGCUCUGAACGAACCAGGUUCUUAAUGUCCAAAUUCAUCUCAUCGUGUGCGCAUGCUCAGUGGAGAAGCCUCAUCCUUGCAGGGCAGUUCACCAUCUGCACCAGCUUCUUUGAGAUGUCCUCUGCCAUCCAGCUGGGAGGACUCUUUGAUUUUCUGAACACUUGGGAACUACUGAAGAUCUCCCUUCUUUGCUUUGUGCUACUCAGCAACACUGGAGAACAUUUUACUUCAGGAGCACUCUUCUUGAUCAAUGAAAUAUUCCUUUUGUUACCUGGACUCUCGUCCGAUAUGUUCAACAUCCAUUCACUCAAUAGGUUUCUGCUGACUGUACUUCAAUGGAUAGACAUGUACCUCCCACCCCAUCUAUUGCUAUUAAAUAUCCCUUUACUGACCAGGAUGGUUUCUUGUUAUGCCACUGGGAUCCUCUCUGUUUUGUCUGUGUGAUGGUGUGUGUGUGAAGGGUAUAUUUAUAUUUAUAAAUAACUAGGCAGAUAGAUAGGACCGCGGGUGGUGCUGUGGUCUAAACCACAGAGCCUAGGGCUAGCCAAUCGGAAGGUCGGCGGUUCGAAUCCCCGUGACGAGGUGAGUUCCCGUUGCUUGGUCCCUGCUCCUGCCCACCUAGCAGUUUGAAAGCAUGUCAAAGUGCAAGUAGAUAAAUAGGUACCGCUGUGGCGGGAAGGUAAACAGCGUUUCCAUGCACUGCUCUGGUUUGCCAGAAACGGCUUAGUCAUGCUGGCCACAUGACCCGGAAGCUGUCUGCGAACAAACACUGGCUCCCUCAGCCUACAGAGCAUGAUGAGUGAUGCAACCCCAGAGUUGUCCGCGACUAGACCUAAGGGUCAGGAGUACCUUUAGGCAGGUAGAUAAAAACAUCUCUCCUUCUAAUAUCAAACUUGGGUGAAGAGGGCUGUACAUUUGUAGCCAAAAUGGGGCGACUGAGGAAUAUGAGGAAGUUUGAAGCAUGCCUGGGGGAUUCUUGAAAUUCACAGAAGUAUGGGAAAAUAAUAUUUACAAAGUGAGUGAAUCACAUAACAAAGCAUAAUACAAUAUAUACCCCCCCAAAAACCAAUAUAAAAUCUGCCCCCCCAAAAAAAUAAACCCCCAAAACAAGUACAGUACCAACAAGAAAACCAAAUCGGUUGUGGAGGUAAUGGUACUUAAAUAAUUCCGCAUCCAAAUCAACCCCAAAUAAAACAGUUUUUCACUCACAGUUCCUCUUCAGCUGUUUAGUGGAGGGAAGCAGAAUCUGGGGCCUUCCAGAUAUGGUGGGACCACAGCUCCUGUCAUCUCUGACCGAUGGCCAUUCUUGCAGUGGCUGAUGGGAGUUGGAGUCCAACAAUAGCUGGAGGGCUGGUUUAGCCCCUCACUCCCCUGAGUGCCCCCCCAAAAAAGCAAGAGGCAGGUAGCUGCUACCCACAGAAAAAGCUGUAUUUUAAGGGUACUUUGUUAACAGCACCAGGGUACUUUGUAAGCACAGCACAGGAUGUAUACCUCUUGUUAUCUUUCCCUUUUGAUCUUCGGUUUGCAGAUAAGUAACCGUGUGCACCUAGCCUGGGUCUUGAUGAGCUUUGAGGGUAAGCUAUGUAACUAUCACCCUCUUCUUCUCUCAAGUUCUCCCUCCACUGCUUCAGCUGGAAGGACACUGAGUUGUAUUCAGUCAUGGUGAAUGAGCUCUUCACGGUUCCCUUAAGUGGAGCUCAACCGCUCUUCCCAGAGACACACUCUCCUCUCUUUCCUUGACCUAAGAGGAAACCUAAACUACAAUUCCCACCAGCCCCAGUAAGCAUGCCUAAUGGCCAGGGAUGAUGGGAGUUGUAGUUCAGAAACACCUGGAGAACCAAAGGUUCUCCCACACCUGGCCUAAGGGUUGAGCAAAGAGCCCUGUUGGUGAAAGGGGCCAAGUUGGUGAAAGAUGGCUUAGCAUUAUGCACAGACCAGACCUGCAUCCUUAUUGCCCAUUGAACCUUUGGUGAUUGAAUUCCAGCUCCACACAAGUACUGGUGAUUCAGCUGAUUCAUUGACAGCAUUCCAUGGAACACCCUGGCAGGACUGCUUUAGAUAAGCCUACAGGAGGCUUUCUCUUAGGACAAGGGAAGAGAAGAGUGUGCAUCUGUGUUGAGACUGUCUCAGCUCCACUUAAGGCAGGGGUUCUCAACCUGUGGGUCCCCAGAUGUUGUUGGACUAUAACUCCCAUCAUCCCUGAGCUCUGGCCUUGCUAGCUAGGGGUGAUGGGAGUCGUAGUUCAACAACAUCUGGGGACCCACAGGUUGAGAAAGGCUGACUUAAGGGAACCGUAAACAGCCAAUUGACCAAGUAUAACUCGGUGUCCUUCCACCUGACGUGGGGGAUUCACAGAAUCUCCACCCCCUGUUCUAGGUGUUCCAGACUAGAAUGGAAGUUCCAUGGCAGUUGGAGGCCAGAGUGGAGGGAGGUGUAUAAAACUACCACCCUUGGCAAGAACUGGGUGCUGCUAUCCCCGUGGUGGGGUGGAGUGUGUCCCUCCUGUUCCAGACCUCCCUUGCCAGCUCCCCUCUAUCUGUCUAAGGCUGCAGUUGAGGCAAAAGGAAGAUUAGCUUGGAAGGAAAUUGAGGAGAUGCCAUUCGUGGCCUCGGGUCCUUUCUACAGAAGCACCAGCAUUCUCUUUUCCAUGAUUAAUUUUCUGCAACUUGUCAUUGCCCAUGCAUCUCCCACCUGGACUUCGUAUAUUGCAGAUGUGGACCAUUUUGUUAUAGGACUCUGGCUCCUCUGCUCAGACAAAUAUGGAUGCCAACCCACAGGAACUCGUGAUGGUAUGGUAUAUGGCGGGGUUAGGGAACUGUUGUUAGCUCAACCUUUUCAGCAACCUUGGGGGAUGGCACAUGUGGGUGGGGCCAGAGGCAAAAGUGGGUGGGGCACCAUGUUAUCUUUGUACAAGAGCCUAGCUUCUACAGACACCUGCACAUCCCUCUCUGACCUCCAUCCAGGCAUGCAAAAAGGUGUUAUCCGUGUUCAAUGACAAAUUGCAGCCGGGGGUGGGGGUGGGAUAUCCAAGAAAAAUGCAAACCAGGACCCAGCAGGAUGCUGACCUGUGAAGAGAAUCUGAAGGCCAGAUGGAAAGAGUUGAAGGGCCAUAUUUUGCCCCUGGGCUUGACAUUUCAAACCCUGCCCCAAUAUAUAAGGUGCAACGAAAACCAAAACUGUUGUUUUAUUAACAUAUGAAAGUAGACCUGUGUCAUUUGAGCAUGCAUUUGAAAGUAUGAGAGAGAAUGGAGGCAGCAUUUUCCUUUGCAAAAUAAAGGUCUUGAUCAGGUGUGGGGAACAGCCCCAACAAGCAUGGCCAAUGACUAGGGAUGGUGGGAGUUAAGCAACUUCUGGAGGUAUGACGGUUCCCCACACUUGCUCUAGAGGUCUGUCCUCAAAUGUUUUGCUACUCUAAUUAGCUGCAGUAUAUGGUCUGUCCUCCCAGCAUCCCUUGCAAUGUCCCAAAGGAUGUUGGGGGCACAACUCUUGGAUUUCAUGGGACUUUGCCAAUGCAUGUACAAAUACUCUGGUCCUGAGCAGCUCGUUCCUACUUUUAAAACUCAAAUGCAAUCUGGGGCCCAAGUUGUUUACCCUUUCUGCAUUAAUGUUGGAGCAGCCAUGUCAUUGAACUGAACUCGAUUUCCCAUCAGCCCCAAACAGCAUAGCAGGCCAACAGUCAGAGAUGAAUAGGACCUGGAUUCUAACAACAUCUGGAGGGCAAGAUAUUGGCUGCCCCUGCAUUGAUGUAAGCACCUUGAAUUGGGCUCAGAAGCAAAUGGGAUGCCAGUGCAGAUGCUUCAGGAUAGGUGUAAUAUGGGUCCUCGCAGGCAUCCCAGAUGACAUUUGGCACAAGUUGCAGCCUCUGAGCCAUCUUCAAGGGGAGCCCCACAUAGAGUGCAUUGCAGUAGUCCAAUCUGGAAUUUACCAGGAAUAGAAUGCAGUUACCCAGUCAUUUCUGUCUGUAGCUGGCAAACCAUCUAGAACUUGAAAUAGGAGUGCAUACAUUUGAAUCAUACGCGUCUCCAAAUAAGAAAGGUACACAAGUUAUUCUAUUGCACAUUAUACAAUGGGCACGGUAACUUCUGAGUGUUCCCUGGGAAGAGGGACCAUUGGUUAAAGCACACUGCCAUUUAUAGCUCUGUGGGAGAAUCGGAGUCUCCUAACAACUUUCACCAUCCUAAAUGAACUACACUUCCCAGGAUGCUCUGUGGGAAGCCAUGACAGUUUAAAAUGGUGUCACGGUAGUUUAAAUGUAUAGUGUAGAUGGGUUCUUACAAAGAUGAAUCCGUUUCAAUGGGUCUGCUCUUAGUAGGGUCAGCACUGGGAUGUAACUCAUACUUUUCAACUGCAAAUCAAUUGUAUAUUCCAUGUGAAGUCACUGAAUUUGUUCUGUUUGAAGUAGCACCAAAGGAACAAGCGAGUGUAAAGGCCAAAUGAUAGAUCUGACCAAUUUUCCCAUGAGUACAAACUGAUGUGGCUGUGACCAGGCUCUUGCAAGGGGGAAGAAAAGGCUCAGAAUUAGCCUCCGUUUUCACAAUAUCUCUCCUUUUUAUCUCUCUCUCUUUAUAGUAUCCCUGAAUAUCACCCGGAUCUUCAUGAUACUUGCUCUCAUUAUGUCCUUCGUAGCUUUGGCAUUAUCAAUGCCAUGGGAGUGGAUUGUUCGCUGCUCCUCUCCUUUUCUUAGCAGGCCUCUGCUUAUUUCCAUCUUCAGCUUCAUUGCAGGUAUCAUGGAAAGUGCAUAAAUAUACAUAGGACAAAGCUGUAAUUUGUGACAGGCACUGUGAGUUGAAAGGAGCCUCCCUGUUCCCCUCAAGGAGCUGCAAUUCCCAGAGUUCCCUGGGAAGAGGGAUUGAUAUGGUAUAACAAAUGCAAGGUGUGGAUGUGGCCAAAAUUGUACCACAUAAUAAUAUUACUUUAAUAACAAUUUAUUAAAUUAAAUUUAUUAUCGUGUUUUUAAUAUUCUCCUGGGAGCCACCCAGAGUGGCUGGGGAAACCCAGCCAGAUGGACGGGGUAUAAAUAUCUGGCUGAGUUUCCCCAGCCACUCUGGGCAGCUCCCAACAGAAUAUUAAAAACACCAAACAUUAAAAACUUCCCUAAACAGGGCUUCCUUCAGAUGCCUUUUAAAAGUCAUAUAGUUGUUUAUUUCCUUGACAUCUGGUUGGAGGGCAUUCCACAGGGUGGGCGCCGCUACCAAGAAGGUGCUCUGCCUGGUUCCCUGUAAACUUGCAGUGAGGGAACCGCCAGAAGGCCUUGGAGCUGGACCUCGGUGUCCGGGCAAAACAAUGGGGGUGGAGAUGCUCCUUCAGGUAUACAGGACCAAGGUCGUUUAGGGCUUUCAAGGUCAGCACCAACAGUUUGAAUUGUGCUCAGAAAUGUACUGGGAGCCAACGUAGGUCUUUCAGGACCGGCGUUAUGUGGUCUCAGGGGCCGCUCGCAGUCACCAGUCUAGCUGGAGAUGCAGCUGUUUUUAGGGAAGAGCAGUGAAACGUCUCUUCCUCCUCUGGGGAGUGGCAGGAAUAGUUCUGUGCACUAUGGCUUCCACAACCACCUCAGUGUAUUCUGAGGUCUGCAACUGCUGUCCUUGCCCCUUUGGCCCAGAAUUGGUCCGACGUGACAGCAUGGAACCAAUUUUGCAGCUCCAGUGACACAGCAUGGCUCCUGGCAGUCCUGCUUCCAUGUGCCACUUUCCUCCAGGGCUUCAUCACCUGCAAUGGGGAAUCUUCCUCCUCCCUGGGGGCAGCUUGCCUGUGCCACUGUUCCAGGACAGUUGACUCUGCUGUGUUGAGAAAUUCCACAUCUUGGCCAGUAGCUUGAAAUGUGAAUAGGUGGACCUCAAGGUGCUGUACCUUCUCUUCCAACGAGGAAGACAGCUUGCAGUUGCUGCAGGUGUAGCUUUGUGCCUUUGUUGGGUUUGUUGGAUUAAGUUGCUCACAUGGAGCUGUCCGUGAUCCAGAAAUCCACACACCCCACCCCACAUUGGUCCUGUCAUCAGACCAGAACACAGCAUAAUCUCACUGAGGGCUUUUGCCAGGCUGCCACAGGUUAGAUUUUAUUGUGUAGAUCUGGAAAUUCAGUGCCAGAGGCGUGAUGUCAGCAUCACUCCAUGGAUAGAGGCCAGCAGAGCUCUGUUGGGCUGGCAGGGGUGGGGAGACCUAUGUCCCAUCCAAUCUCCACCUCACCCCAGUUGCAGCAAAGGGUUGAAUUGCAGCCUUACCUUUUUGAAAAAGCAGCAUUCUAAGGGUCAUGUAUAAUAUAAAGCACAUCUUAAACAGAACAGUUUUGAUAAUUUUUUUAAUGUUGGCAGAGGAAAUGUGAAAUUAGCCCCCUGAGAGGCUCAAUUUGAGCCAAGGGGCCAUCAGUAAGAAGGUCCUGUCUGUCAGAUUCACAUUUUUCCAAUCUUUCAGUUCACCCCAUUUCUAUAUCAGCUUGUGUUGCUGUUUUUUUAAUCAUGAAAAUUCAUGAGCAAACAUUUUUGGCAAAAAAAAAUCCCCAAACAUAACACAUUUGGGUAUUUUCUGCCCCUUCCAUUAAUACAAGCACUUUUAGUGUAUUUUUCAUCUUUGUUGGAAGCCACCCAGAGUGGCUGGGGAAACCCAGCCAGAUGGGCGGGGUACAAAUAAUAAAUUAUUAUUAUUAUUCAUGCACACUCUGCCUCAAAACUACUUAGGGACCAUGCAUUAGAGUUUAAGAAUUCCCCCUCUUUCAGGUUUCUAAUAAUAUCAUACAGAGGCCAGAGGUGGGGAACCUGUGGCUCUCCAGAUUUUGUUGGACUUCAGCCCCCACCAGCUCCAGCCAGCAUGGCCCACAGUCAAGGAUUAUGGGAGCUGGAGUCAAACAACAGAUUUCUCCAUCACUUAUCAAAAUGGAAUUCUAAGUAUCUCCUUUGUGUUUUGUAGCAAUCUGUUCGCUAAUUGCUGUGGUGGUAUUUGGGGUCCAAGUUGAUCGGAAGUCAGACUCCGCACAUCCUUCUGGGAAAUUUGCUUUUUACUUAAGCUGUUUCACCUCUGCUUUUUCCUUCUUGGCAGGUAAGUAUCAGUGGGGGGCUUCUUCUUCUUCGUCUUCUUCUCCUUCUCCUUCUUCAAAUUUAUAUACUGCACUAGACCCGGAGGUCUCAGGGCAGUUCACAGAAUAAAAUCACAAUAUAAAUCAUAGACCUCACCAUCAAUUAUAUUCCUUUCCUUGUAGGAAACUGUGUUGAUCACUGUGGUGGUUGAGAAGUCUAAGAUUUUGACUUUUUGCUUUAUCUAUGCCUUCUCUUUCCUGUGCUUCUAGUUUCAGCGUUCCCCAUGAAGAAGGAUUGAUUGUUUAACUACUCUGGGAGCUGUAGCUCUGGGAGGGGAAUAGAGGGUCUCCUAGCAGCUCUCAGCACCCUUAACAAACUACAGCUCCCAGAAUCUUGUGUGUGUGUUUCUUUGUGGCUGAUUAGCUGCUCUCCCUGUGCAAAGGUCAGAGGGGGCAGGGAUUCUGUUGAGGCAGGUGAUUAGCUGUGGGAGGAGCUUAUCAGAGCUUGCAGGGCAGCAGCUGAAGAAGGAGCAAAAAAGGGUUUUCUUGUGUGUGUGUUUCUUUGUGGCUGAUUAGCUGCUCUCCCUGUGCAAAGGUCAGAGGGGGCAGGGUUUCUGUUGAGGCAGGUGAUUAGCUGUGGGAGGAGCUUAUCAGAGCUUGCAGGGCAGCGGCGUGCGCAGUUUGAUCGAUCUUUUAGAUUUAGGGGAGCUAGUCUCAAACGUUUGUUGGGGGAGACCUAGGGUUUUUGGGGGGGGAGUUAUUUGUCCUGUCUUCACGCUUUUUAUGAUGGAGGACUGCUGUAGCCACCCCCAACAACACGUUCUCAAGAUGGAGGGGGGGAACAGCUGCAGUCGCCUGUGGUUCCUGUGCAAUGUUUGCCAUCUUGCCAAAGGUUGCAGGCAGCUUUACCUGCAGCAAGUGCAUGUUGAUUGCCCUCUUAGAAGACAAAGUCCAGCAACUGGAGGAACGUGUAGCUAUGCUCCAAAGAAUUAGAGAGCUGGAGCUCUUCUUGGAAGCAACAGAGCACACCGUCUCCACCAAGGAGGAGGCAGGGGACUCCCUGAGAAGGAGGCUAGUUCACCAACACAGGAGCCAGAUAUAUGGAGAAACGUGACUCAAAGAAGUAGGAGGCCCAGGGUUCACUCUGAUUGUUUAGAAAUACACAAUCACUUUGAGGUCCUCUCCCCUAGCAUGGAAGACGAAGAGCAGACUCCAUUUGAGGAUCUCUCCCUCAUUACAGUCGAUCAGGUAUAUGAAGAUGAGCAGCAAAGUCAGUCCUCAGGGAAUGUGCAGGCGACCUUGGAAUGGACAGCUCACGGAAGAACCCUGACCAAACCUAAGAGGAGGCGUGUAGUGGUGAUAGGGGAUUCCCUACUGAGGGGAACAGAAGCAGUGAUCUGUGGGCCUGACAAGAUGUCUCGGGAAGUGUGCUGUCUCCCAGGGCUAAGAUCCAAGAUGUAACUGAACGACUGCAAGGAAUCAUAAAACCCACUGACAAAUACCCCUUCCUCUUGGUUCAUGUGGGAACCAAUGACACUGCAAGCAAUAGCCUCCAGAAGAUCAAAAGAGACUACGAGGCUCUGGGCAGGAAAUUGAAGCAAUUAAAUGCACAAAUUGUCAUCUCAUCUGUCCUCCUAGUUGAACGACGUGGCCCAGGGAGAGAGGGAAAAAUAGUGGAAGUGAACAGCUGGCUUCGCAAAUGGUGUAAACAGGAACGGUUUGGAUUCUUAGAUCACGGACUGCAGUUUCUUGAAGAUGGACUUCUGGCAAGCGAUGGGCUGCACCUCACAACAGUUGGGAGGAAUGUUUUUUGCCAAAAAUCUCAGAAACCCCAUCAGGAGGGCUUUAAACUGACUAAUGUGGGGGAGGGAGACAGUGCUCCUGAAGGUAGGAGUCUAUCAAUUGAUGAAGAUGAUCAUCCAAAUGUCAUAGACCAAAUGGAGCAAACAGCACACAGACCUAGUGGUGGGAGGAAAAAUCCUUAAAUAAGAGACACGGGGAAUGAUUAAUGGACUUCAAUGUCUGUACACUAAUGUGCAAAGCAUGGGAAAUAAACAAGAUGAGCUUGAGCUCUUGGUACAGCAAACUAAAUAUGACAUAAUAGGCAUCACUGAAACCUGGUGGGAUAAGUCCCACGAUUGGAAUGUAAUAAUGGAGGGAUACAAUCUAUUUCAGAGAAACAGACCAGACAAGAAAGGAGGAGGAGUGGCGUUAUAUGUCAGGGAUGUGUAUACCUGUGAAGAGAUCCAAGAUUUAGAACCUCAAAGCCAAAGUGAGAGCAUUUGGGUCAAAAUUAAGGGAGAGAAGAAUAACAGUGACCUCAUUGUGGGAGUUUACUAUAGAUCCCCAAGCCAAACGGAGGACAUAGAUGAUGCCUUCCUGGAACAGAUGGCCAAGCAUGCAAAAGGAAGGGAGAUAAUAGUAAUGGGGGACUUCAAUUACCCGGAUAUUUGUUGGAUGUCAAACUCAGCCAAGAGCAUAAGGUCAAACAGAUUCCUCACUGGCCUUGCAGACAACUUCAUUGUCCAGAAAGUGGGAGAAGCAACAAGAGGAAAAGCCAUUUUAGAUCUGGUCCUAACCAAUGUUGAUGACCUGGUUAGUGGGGUAGAAGUGGAAGGAUCAUUAGGCACGAGUGAUCAUGCUCUUCUGAAGUUUACUAUACAGCGGAAAGGAGCAGCCAAGCAUACUAGGACUCAAUUUCUUGACUUUAAGAAAGCCGACUUCAUAAAACUUAGGGAAGUGCUGGGUGAGAUCCCAUGGACAGUAAUACUAAAAGGAAAGGGAGUUCAUGAUGGCUGGGAGUUUGUUAAGAGGGAGAUAGUAAAAGCACAACUUCAGGCAAUACCAAUGAGACGGAAACAUGGAAGGUGCCUAAAGAAGCCAGGGUGGCUAUCUAAAGAACUUUUAACUGAGUUAAGAUUAAAAAGGAUGUGUACAAAAAAAUGGAAAAGGGGGGAAACCACCGAAGAGGAAUUCAAACAAAUAGCCAGCAUGUGUAGACACAAAGUCAGAAAAGCUAAAGCACAGAAUGAACUCAGGCUUGCUAGAGAGGUUAAAAGCAACAAAAAGGCUUUUAUGGGUAUGUUUGUAGCAAAAGGAAGAACAAAGAAACAGUGGGGUCACUCAGAGGAGAAGAUGGUGAAAUGCAAACAGGGGACACAGAAAGGGCUGAACUCCUCAAUGCCUUCUUUGCCUCAGUCUUCUCCGAUGAAGAAAACAAUGCCCAACCUGAAGAAUUUGGAGCAAGUGAUUCAGCACAGGAAACACAGCCCAGAAUAACUAAGGAGAUAGUACAAGAAUACUUGGCUAGUCUAGAUGUAUUCAAGUCUCCAGGGCCAGAUGAACUGCAUCCAAGAGUAUUAAAAGAACUGGCAGAUGUGAUCUCAGAACCACUGGCAGUCAUCUUUGAGAAUUCCUGGAGAACAGGCGAAGUCCCGGCAGACUGGAGGAGGGCAAAUGUUGUCCCUAUUUUCAAAAAGGGGAAAAGAGAGGACCCAAAUAAUUACCGCCCAGUCAGUCUGACAUCAAUACCAGGGAAGAUUCUGGAGCAGAUCAUUAAGCAAACAGUCUGUGAGCACCUAGAAAGGAAUGCUGUGAUACCAAUAGUCAGCAUGGAUUUCUGAAAAAUACGUCAUGUCAGACUAACCUGAUCUCGUUUUUUGACAGAAUUACAAGCCUGGUAGAUGAAGGGAACGCAGUGGAUGUAGCCUACCUUGAUUUCAGCAAGGCAUUUGACAAGGUGCCCCAUGAUAUUCUUGUAAAGAAGCUGGUAAAAUGCGGUCUUGACUAUGCUACCACUCAGUGGAUUUGUAACUGACUGUAGCUGACUGACCGAACCCAAAGGGUGCUCAUCAAUGGUUCCUCUUCAUCCUGGAGAAGAGUGACUAGUGGGGUGCCACAGGGUUCUGUCUUGGGCCCGGUCUUAUUCAACAUCUUUAUCAACGACUUGGAUGAUGGACUCAAGGGCAUCCUGAUCAAAUUUGCAGAUGACACCAAACUGGGAGGGGUGGCUAACACCCCAGAGGACAGGAUCACACUUCAAAACGACCUUGACAGAUUAGAGAACUGGGCCAAAACAAACAAGAUGAAUUUUAACAGGAGAAAUGUAAAGUAUUGCACUUGGGCAAAAAAAGGAGAGGCACAAAUACAAGAUGGGUGACACCUGGCUUGAGAGCAGUACAUGUGAAAAGGAUCUAGGAGUCUUGGUUGAGCACAAACUUGACAUGAGCCAACAGUGUGACGCGGCAGCUAAAAAGCCAAUGCAAUUCUGGGCUGCAUCAAUAGGAGUAUAGCAUCUAGAUCAAGGGAAGUAAUAGUGCCACUGUAUUCUGCUCUGGUCAGACCUCACCUGGAGUACUGUGUCCAGUUCUGGGCACCACAGUUCAAGAAGGACACUGACAAACUGGAACGUGUCCAGAGGAGGGCAACCAAAAUGGUCAAAGGCCUGGAAACGAUGCCUUAUGAGGAACAGCUAAGGGAGCUGGGCAUGUUUAGCCUGGAGAAGAGGAGGUUAAGGGGUGAUAUGAUAGCCAUGUUCAAAUAUAUAAAAGGAUGUCACAUAGAGGAGGGAGAAAGGUUGUUUUCUGCUGCUCCAGAGAAGCGGACACGGAGCAAUGGAUCCAAACUACAAGAAAGAAGAUUCCACCUAAACAUUAGGAAGAACUUCCUGACAGUAAGAGCUGUUCAACAGUGGAAUUUGCUGCCAAGGAGUGUGGUGGAGUCUCCUUCUUUGGAGGUCUUUAAGCAGAGGCUUGACAACCAUAUGUCAGGAGUGCUCUGAUGGUGUUUCCUGCUUGGCAGGGGGUUGAACUCGAUGGCCCUUGUGGUCUCUUCCAACUCUAUGAUUCUAUGAUUCUAUUCUAUGAUUCUAUGAAUCCUUUGGGAGAAGCCAUGCCUAUUUACAAUGGUAUGAUACUGCUUUAAAUAGAUGGUGUGAAUGUGGCCUUGAACAUAACAAGGAGCCCAUUGUAUACCUUUGACACUGUACCUAUUUAUAACUCACAGGGGGCUCUUUCCUUGGGCAUAAGUGUUCUGAAAUGGUGAAAUGUACUUGUGCAGAUCAUCUUUAUUUUAGUGGGGCUUGAGCAGGAGAUUUUCCUAAUGGAUUGCUGCCAAUCUUGCAGGCUUAUUGGUCUGCUAUGUGGUUCCCUUGUUGUUGUUUAGUUGUUUAGUCGUGUCCGACUCUUCGUGACCCCAUGGACCAGAGCCCGCCAGGCACUCCUGUCUUCCACUGCCUCCCGCAGUUUGGGCAAACUCAUGUUUGUAGCUUCGAGAACACUGUCCAACCAUCUCAUCCUCUUUCGUCCCCUGCUCCUUGUACCCUCAGUCUUUCCCAGCAUCAGGGUCUUUUCCAGGGAGUCUUCUCUUCUCAUGAGGUGGCCAAAGUAUUGGAGCCUCAGCUUCAGGAUCUGUCUUUCCAGUGAGCACUCAGGCCUGAUUUCCUUCAGAAUGGAUAGGCUUGAUCUUCUUGCAGUCUGUGGGGCUCUCAAGAGUCUCCUCCAGCACCAUAAUUCAAAAGCAUCAAUUCUUUGGCAAUCAGCCUUCUUUAUGGUCCAGCUCUCACCAUACAUCACUACGGGGAAAACCAUAGCUUUAACAAUAUGGACCUUUGUUGGCAAGGCGAUGUCUCUGCUUUUUAAGAUGCUGUCUAGGUUUGUCAUCACUUUUCUCCCAAGAAGCCGGUGUCUUUUAAUUUUGUGACUGCUGUCACCAUCUGCAGUGAUCAUGGAGCCCAAGAAAGUAAAAUCUCACACUGCCUCCCUUUCUUCCCUCUCUAUUUGCCAGGAGGUGAUGGGAGCAGUGGCCAUGAUCUUAGUUUUUUUGAUGUUGAGCUUCAGACCAUAUUUUGCACUCUCCUCUUUCACCUUCAUUCAGAGGUUCUUUAAUUCCUCCUCACUUUCUGCCAUCUGAGUUGUAUCAUCUGCCAAUGACUGCUGUCUCAUUUUUGCAUCUACCUCUGGCUGCUGCCCUGGCGAUUGCGGGGGCCAGUGCCAUGUGAUGUGCUCAUGCCAUGCAUGCAUGCGGUACACUCACACUUGCCGUGCAAUGUGCUGACAUGUCGUGCACAAGGGACAUGAACACACAGCACUGCCUGCACACAUGGCAUGCACAAGGUUGCUGCAGAAUAUUGAGGGGGCCCGGUCACCUCCUUGAAUUUUUUUCGGGGGCAGCCUCAGCUCCCCUGCCCUUCCCCCAGAUGGCACCCCUGCUACACGUGAAGAACAGCUUCUGCUGAUGUUUCCAAGCGGUUGCUAUUUUAGGAUGGGAUUCAAUCACAUACUAACAAGUUCAGUAAAAGCUGGUCUGGUCGUCUUUUGCAACAAACCAGCUUCUCCCAAAGACCAGACUUUUAGUGAUAAGAAAAUUGAUGGGCAAAAUGCAGCAUAAACAUCAUCUCAGCUCCCUGCAAACAAAUCAGCAUAAAUGCUAACUCAGUAGCCAACAUCACCUGAUCUCCCUGAAAACAAAUCUCGAUGAAUGUCCUACCUCCAGUUGCUGGGAAUAUCAAGUGGGGAGUGUGCUCUUGUGCUUGAUGGUUUCUCCUAGGCCUUUGGUUGGCCACUCUCAGAACAGGAUGGUGGGCUACAUGGGCCUCUGGACUGAUCCAGCACACCUUUUCUUACUUCCUUAUGCUCAAUACACAGUUCAUUUGGAAGUGCCCUGAGUGUUCCUCACAAUUUCUAACGGAAAUACAUUAUUAUACACAGCGCAAAAGAGGAGAAUGUGAGACCUCCUCUACGUUAUAAAAUAUUUCGGUUGCUGUGUUUGCAUGUGGUAAUGGGAGCUGCCACGUUAACUGGAAUACGGCAACUUAAGGAGAAGUAAGUUCUGAUGUAAUUCGACCACUACAUAGGAGGUUGGGUUUUAUAGUAAUGCUGGUUUUUUUGUUCUUUAUGUAAUAAAAGAAAGCAAAAGAAACAAUUUCCAAUUUCUUUUUGCUGCUUUCUCUUCCAGCUGUUUACAAUGGUUUGGUCCACAAGUUUUCACUCUGGGAGGUUGCAAGCUCAGGCCGUGUUGAAGAUACGCAAAAGCCGGAUGAGACAGCCUAG